UGUAACUUGUUUUAAUCGCCAAACCCGGGAUGUGGUGCAGAAGAAAAGCAAAAGGUCCAAAUUCUAGACCUCUCACCAGUAUUACGAGCCAAUACCGAACGGUAAGAUAUUUGUGUGCCUAGUGAUCUUCCAAACAGACCCAGGAUUAGAACAGUGAGGUUUCACUUUCGAAGUCCUGCAGGGACUUCCGGUCUACCAUAUUCGCCGUGGAGAACUCCGUGGACAUCGGUGCUAAAGCCCACUCACCGAUGAAAAAUAAGGUCUACGCGAGAAUACAGGUGUGCUCUUCUGAACUUGCUGGGCUGGACCGGUGCAGGAGAAAAUGGGAGGAAGGGAUAGUGAUACUGUCCCGGAGCUCGCUGUCGCCUGAUGGCGUCGGAAUUAUUUUACUUGGCGGGAGGAGGUCGCCAGCAGUGACAUCGGGCCUGGAAGCCCCUGGACACCACAGACGGGAAGCUGACCGCGGAGAUCCUGCAGCCACCUUGGCUCUGAGCAUGGCUUUCUGCUACGGAGUCAGGCUGAGAAACGCCUCAGGUGGAAGUUUGAGAAGGCGACGUUCAAGGAUCUGUUUGCUGAGCAAUAUCAUCAUAUAACAGUGGAAAUGAACCAACUACACAAUUGAACAUCACAAUCACAAGCAAGAAUGUAAGUCGCCGUCGAAUACAUACCACGAAGUUUGACGCUUUUAUAAGUUUUAUCAACAGACUGAAGUAUUUUCACUGCCAACAUGACAUCAUAUUCCACCUCUGCCCAGUGCUCAACAUCUGAGAGUGCUCACAGGAUCUCUCCGGAGCGAAUCAAUCAGGUACGACCAAAACUGCCACUUUUGAAGAUUUUGCAGGCAGCAGGUGCACAAGGUGAAAUAUUCACUGUUAAAGAGGUAAUGCACUAUCUUGGCCAGUAUAUAAUGGUGAAGCAGCUUUAUGAUCCGCGGGAGCAGCAUAUGGUGUAUUGUGGUGGCGAUCUUUUGGGAGAACUGUUAGGACGUCAGAGCUUCUCCGUGAAAGAUCCAAGCCCUCUCUAUGAUAUGUUAAGAAAGAAUCUUGUCACUUUAGCCACUGCUGCUACAGAUGCUGCUCAGACUCUCGCUCUCGCACAGGAUCACAGUAUGGAUAUUCCAAGUCAAGACCAACCGAAGCAAAGUGUACAGGAAAGUUUCAAUGCCAGGAAAAGAACCGAAGAAGGUGAUGUUCACAUACUGCCUACCUCACAACAUAAACACAAAAACUCUAGAGGAGCUUCUAUAGAUGAAGACUUGAUAGAAAAUUUAACCCGAGAUGAGACUUCUAGGCUGGACCUUGGGUUUGAGGAGUGGGAUGUAGCUGGCCUGCCUUGGUGGUUUGUAGGAAACUUAAGAAGCAACUAUACACCUAGAAGCAAUGGCUCAACUGAUUUACAGACACAUCAGGAUAUAGGUACUGCCAUUGUUUCAGAUACUACAGAUGAUUUGUGGUUUUUAAAUGAGUCAGUAUCAGAGCAGUUAGGUGUUGGAAUAAAAGUUGAAGCUGCUGAUACUGAACAAGCAAGUGAAGAAGUAGGGAAAGUGAGUGACAAAAAGAUGAUUGAAAUGGGAAAAAAUGAUGACCUUGAGGACUCCAAGUCCUUAAGUGAUGACACUGAUGUGGAAGUCACCUCUGAGGAUGAAUGGCAGUGUACAGAGUGCAAAAAAUUUAACUCUCCAAGCAAGAGGUACUGUUUUCGUUGCUGGGCCUUGAGGAAGGAUUGGUAUUCUGAUUGUUCUAAGUUAACUCAUUCUCUCUCCACAUCCGAUAUCACUGCCAUAUCUGAAAAGACGGAAGAUGAAGGAAUUGAUGUCCCUGAUUGCCGAAGAACCAUUUCUGCUCCAGUUGUUAGACCUAAAGAUGUUCGUGUCAAGGAAGACAGUUCCAGACUGUUUAAUCCCUGCAGCUCUGUGGAGUUUUUGGAUUUGGCUCACAGUUCUGAAAGCCAAGAGACCUUCUCAAGCACGGGAGAACAAUCAGAUAAUAUUUCUGAGCAGAAAGCAGAUACAGAAAGCAUGGAGGAGUGCCAGGACAUCUUGAAGCCGUGUAGCUUAUGUGAGAGAAGACCACGAGAUGGAAACAUUAUUCACGGGAGGACAAGCCAUCUUACCACUUGUUUUCACUGCGCUAGAAGACUAAAGAAGUCUGGGGCCACAUGUCCUAUAUGCCAGAAAGAGAUUCAGUUAGUAAUUAAGGUUUUUAUAGCAUAGUUGAAUCAAUUGGGAAAUGCAAGAGGACCAGGUCGUAUUUCAGAACAUCAGUAAUGAGCCUGUCUGCUAAGUAUGUUCAUUCCCCAUGUUUAUUUAUUCAUGUAAACAUUUGUGUUCUGGGUCACUUUUGCUUUAUACACUUAGGGAAUUUGAGAGUGAGUGAGUUAGAACUAGAUCAUCAGUUUGGGGACUUCAUCAACCUGAAAAGAUUCAUAAGCUACUUCAUUCUCCCUCCAAAAAUGAAGGUCUGGGAGGAAACAACUGCCAGUAUAAACUUAAAAGUGUAUUUAUUAAUUCACUGAGCAAAUUAUUUGAAGACUAAUUCCUUCUUUAGUUAUUUUUAUUUCUUACCUUCCUGUUAAUGUACUCUUCUGGCACUAAAAUCCAAGGUAGUUACUAGAAAAAUACUAGGGCUAGUACUGAAAAAGCAAAUUGUCUGAUUUGUCAAAUUAUGAAGGGCUGUGAAUCACUUUGUGCUGUACUAAGGCUGCUUAGUUCCGAUAAACCAAGAUGGAAUAUAUUUUUUGUAUUCUGCUCUUUGGGUGCUGGGAUCAAACCCAGGGCCUUGAGCAUGUGCUAUAUCACUAAGCUACAUUGUUCUUAUAAAAGUGGGGAUCUCACUGUGUUGGCCAGCUGCCCCUCUCAGUCUUCUGAGUAGCAGGGACUACAGGAUUUUUUUUUGUACUGGGGAUGGAACUCAUGACCUUGUGCUCGUGAGGUAGGCGCAGCGCCACUGAGUUACAUCCCCGGCCCUAGCGAUUACAGGUUCUUUCCACUGUGCUUAGUUCAAGAAAAAGAACACAUAAUACAAGAGAUUUCUUCCCAUGUAUGUGUUAGUCAGUAGUUACCAAAUAAUUUUGUAACAUAGCCCUAAUUUUAGAAACUAUAUAAAGCAAUUUUUUUUAAAAGUAGGCUUCCUAUGUAUUUCACUUCUGGAAACACCAUGAUAAAUUAACCAAUGCCAUAGGUCUACACAUCAGACCAUUCUUAUCAUUUGUUUUGCUUCUGUGUCCAUUACAAGAAUAAUGUCCACCUUGCCCCUGCUACCUUGGAUCCAGUUAAACCUAUUAAGUAAUUGCAACCCCAAGAAAGUGUAUAUAACCUUUUGCACAUUAAAAAAGAAAAUCUAGGUAUAGUUAACAUAUAAUGAAGUGUUGCUUUUGAGUGAGUUGGAGAGAUCAGUCACCAUUCCAAGUUAUAGAAUGUUCCCAUCUCCCCAAAAUAUCCCCUGAACCCCUGAUUUUUCAAGCCAUCUUGUAUUUCCUGCCUGCUCUAUAUUAAUUUCCUUUUGCACAUCUUUAUUUGAAUUUUUAACAUUUAAAGUACUUACAAAGGAUAUACCGUCCAAAAUUAUGCGUUUUAUAUAUGUGCCUUGAUCAAACUGGGCAUGGCGGCACCUGUCUGUAGUAGCACUCCAGGAAGCUGAGACAGUAGGGUCUCAAAUUCAAGCCCAAUCUGGGGCAAAUUAGUGACAAACCUAGAAAAAAACCAGAAAGAGCUGGGAAUUAGCUCAGAGUGAAGGCCUGGGUCCAACCCCCAGUACUAUGGGGGAAAAAGUCUUGCACCUGUAGAUUUAGCUGAUUAUCAGUAAAUUAUAGAAAAAGGCCAGUUGCAUAAACUGAUAAGGUCUGUUCUCAUUUCAAAAUUAAUCAGCCAAAUACACUAAACUUCUAGAUAGAAAGUAUUUUAGUGCAUACAUAAGCAUGGAAUUCUUGGCAUAGCCUUCUCAAUUACCACUUCUAUAGAGAAAGCACAGGAUUUUAAACCAAACUCCUGUUUUCUUUGUCCUGAAUGUCUGUUGGGAUCUCUCCAGGUGUUUUUUUUUUUUGGUCUCUGCCUCUGGAGUUCACACUCAGCGUCAGUGGCUUACAGCAAGAUUCAAAUGAGUAAUAGGGAUUAUGGUGUUUGUGGAAAAGGAAGUAAUUAAGAGAAAUGAAUCUGUAAUUCUCUUCAGUAAUUUUAGGCCACAUCAAUUUUAGGAAAAUAGAGAAAUUGACUGUCUUCAAGUUGAUUUCUUUUUUGCCAUUUAUGUCUGUUUAAUGCAUAGAAAAAUAGUGGUAUAUCUCCUCCAGGAGUAUGCAUGACCUUAUUUUAGACAAAAGUCCUAGGAAGUUGGCCUGGAGUUGUAAGAAUCUCCUGGGUUCUUGUUAAAAGUGCCCAAAUCCCCAGAGACUGACUGAUCCCUACCCUAGAAGGGAGGCCUUUUCUUUCCUGUCAUUGUAGAUCCUAAACAGAAAGUAGGUGGAACAGGAUGCCUUCUUACACUUAGUUAAUUCCUGAGUUUUAAAACUAUAAAGCACUCAAUUAUUUAGUCCCUCUUUGCAUAUGUAGCUAUGUGACCCAGUGGUAGAGGUAUUACUACAAUCCAAGUGUCCUGUCAGUAAAUCUUUCGUUUCUCCCUCCCACUGUUCCACUGUUGUUGUUUUGUUUUUUUGUGGGGGUGGAUGGGUACAGGGGAUCAAA